AGGAAGCUUAAGAGAAUGAAGAAGUGACCAACUUCCAACUGACAACAACCUACCACCUCUCCUUCCCCAGAACAGAAGAAACCACAAUUUAUUGAUACUGACCUAAAUUCUGCGAUGGAAAAGAGAGAGAAAAUAUAUGCAAAUUUCCGCAUUUACGACGUCCACCAACCCAACAAACACAGGCAAAUUUCAAUUUCAUUUUUGUUCGCAACGCGGUUUGUUGCUCUUCAAUUUCAUCGCAUCGGUUACCAUUUCAUCAUCUCUACCGCGCUGAAGUGUUCCUUUCCUGAUUUCCCGCUUUAGUUCUGGUUUUUGCUUCUGCCUCCACAAUGUCGAGUUUGGAGGAGCCACUUGGUCUUGACAAGUUGCCAAGCAUGAGCACAAUUGACCGGCUACAAAGAUUUUCAUCUGGUGCCUGCCGACCAAUAGGAGAUGACAUGGGAAUGGGUAUCUGCUGGAUUCAAGGGGGGAGAAGCAGCUCAUCCAAUACUUGCAAGGAAUAUGAUGAGGAUGCUAGAGAGACGUUUCCGUGGAGAAGACAUAGGAAAGACACAUCCCAAAAUGGCUCCGUCAAUAGGAGGACAUCGAGCGCAGGCCUGGAAAAAAUAGUGUCUGGAAAUUUUUGUGAUUCACAUUGUUCUCCAGGUCAUGAAUACAAGACUAAGAGUAGUAGCAACAACAUACAGCAUACUACAAAUAAGUUUUUGAAAGAUAUACCAAAGUUUGUGAAGAUAGUAGAAGUUGGUCCAAGGGAUGGGCUUCAAAAUGAGAAGGGUAUGGUACCUACAUCUGUGAAGGUGGAAUUGAUCCAUAGACUAGUAUCUUCAGGAUUGCCUGUUGUUGAGGCUACCAGUUUUGUAUCACCUACACGGGUGCCUCAGUUAUCUGAUGCAGCCGAAGUGAUGGAAGCCGUUCGUAAUUUGGAAGGUGUUAGGUUGCCAGUUUUAACUCCUAAUUUGAAAGGGUUUGGAGCAGCUGUUGCGGCUGGAGCAAAGGAAGUGGCAGUCUUUGCAUCAGCCUCUGAAUCAUUUUCAAAAUCCAACAUCAAUUGUAGCAUUGAAGAAUGUCUUGAUCGUUACCGAGCUGUAACUUCUGCUGCAAAAGCGCUUGCAAUCCCUGUUCGAGGGUAUGUAUCAUGUGUAGUUGGUUGUCCAACAGAAGGAUCAAUUCCUCCAUCUAAGGUCGCUUAUGUAGCGAAGGAGCUUUAUGAGAUGGGUUGCUUUGAAAUUUCUCUUGGAGACACGAUCGGAGUUGCCACGCCCGGGACUGUUGUUCCCAUGCUUGAAGCUGUGAUGGCUGUCGUUCCGGUGGACAAGCUUGCAGUCCACUUCCAUGACACUUAUGGACAAUCACUUCCAAAUAUUCUAGUAUCCCUCCAAAUGGGGAUUAGCACAAUAGAUUCCUCUGUUGCAGGUCUGGGUGGAUGUCCAUAUGCAAAAGGAGCUUCCGGGAAUGUUGCAACUGAGGAUGUGGUGUACAUGCUCCACGGACUUGGCAUAAAAACCAAUGUGGAUUUGGCAAAGGUCAUGUCUGCUGGGAACUUCAUCAGCAACCAUUUGGGGCGGCCAUCGGGUUCGAAGACUUCCAUUGCCUUCAACCAACUUGCAGCCGAUGCUUCCAAGAUGUGACACAUCUUAUUACUCAUACAUUUACACCUUACAUUGAACGAAUAAUGAAGGGUUUCACUUCAGGAAGCUUUCUUAUAGUUUCUAUACUAUUUUAUCUGGCUGAAUAUGAUGCAGCCCAUAUCUCAAACAACAUAACUAUUGUCUGUCAUGAAGUAUAAAAAUUUAUGGAUGUGAGUCCUCCCAUGAUUUGGAGGUUAUUAUUUA